AUGAACAGUACUGUGAAUGUACUGAGAAUGCGGAUGAUCUGUCAUGGUUCCAUGGCGAGGAUGAUGGACGAGUUGAGUCACAGCCAUCGGGCAGCGAUCAGCGGAUACGAAGCUCUGGACCACCGCAGGCUGCUGAAAAUGAGACUCUCCGAUGGUCAGAACGUGGUGCAUGCCAUCGAAUUUGGCGGCAAAUUAGCUUUGGACGAAAAUGCACUGCCGGGAACAAAGAUACUUUUAACGGCUAGGGUUCUCCUUCGGAGAGGGAUCCUGUUGCUAAAUCCUGCGAAUUGUCAGAACAUCGUGACACGCUGUGUGCAGUGCGGACUUCACCACUCACCGGCGAUAAGGGUCACGAUUCAGAGCCGCGUUCCUCCGGAAAUUCCAGCUGCACUUCCACUCUUUGUGGAGACAGAAGGCGGGAAAACGGCUAAUGCUGGAAAGAAUGCAGCCAAUUUACCUACAAUCUCUCCAUUUCUUGUGCGCAUCCCACGAAUACCGAACCAACUCUUGCAAAAUCCCGAAACUGACGCUCAGAAGAACAAUGUGACUGUAAAGAAGGAGAUAUACGAUGUCGAGAGAACCGCAGUUGUACCACCACUCCAAAGUAUGCACCCAGCUACUGUGUUCCCGAACACGAAUGAUGAGGAAUCAGAUCCACUGGACAACAUACCAAGAUGCAGUGUGGCGCCAGCGAUGCACAAACUGCUGCUGCCAGUGCGAAAUUCUGGAACUCGCUCCAUAUCUCCAUCAAAGGAUCUUCCUAUACCCUCAGGCAAUUUGAAGUUGAUACGUCACGAACCUCCUGCUAAGCAGAGUAGAACCACUUCGAAUGACGACGUGGUGAAGCGCCCGAUAUCAAACUAUUUUCCUGUAUCUCGUCAAAAGGAUAGCAGGUCUCCAUCGAAAAUCAGUGCUCAACGUCGUGCUAAUUCAGUGCACCCUACUGAUGUGGAACCUCUUUCAAAACAACGAUUAGUUGUUGUUAUGAAUGAAAACGACGAGGUGGUGAGCACCGAGUUUCGUGAGAGCUAUCGACGAGAGGUACCUGAAGGAGAACGUUCUGAGGAGUCAUGUCAUGCGUCAAAAGAUGCACCCAUUGCUGAGAGGGCUAGGCAAUUCGCCACAAUAAGAACUUUACGCAAUCACACAUCUGAUCGAGUCACUACCCAGCAGAUGCUAAACCCACCUGAAAGAGACGGUACUCCGAUGCAAGAUCCUGAUUUCAUAACUUUCCUAGAAAAGUCUAUUUCGGAAGACGCCGCAGUGGAUGAACUCCGAUCUCCUCCUCGAAGUCGCUGUCCAGUGGAACCUCCUUCGACUGCCAUUGUGCCGUACAAACGAAUGCGGAGUGAUGUCCCACCGCGAAAUGAGGUUUCCGUUAUUCCUUGGCCUAUGUCCAAACCACCUCGGGCGCAGAAAUCCAUCAUGGAGAAGUUUACUGAGUUGAAAGUAGCACGGCUAGGAGAAGCUUUGGCUCAGCGAAAGUUUUGGAUGUUGCCAAAGAGAGUGAAUGUGAUGGUAAAUUUGUUAUUUCUUUUGAAUACAUAG